AUGAACUCCCGGGAACCAUCUCCGUCGAACUGCGACAUCUGUGGCGCCACACAAACCCUAUCUCUCACUAUCCACAACAUCCGCCACCACGCCCACACUCGCCGCUACUGCACCAACUGCGUCCUCAAGCAGCACCCUGGCCUCUUCUGCCCUAUCUGCUUCGACCUCCACGACGACUCUCUUGUUCCUCCGCAUCACCGCCUCAUGUGCGUCCGCUGCCCCUCCAUCGCCCACCGAUCCUGUGUCUUUCCCUCCACCCCCGCCUCCGCCGCUUCCACGCCACCUUUCUUCUGCCCUAUCUGUCUCGACUCCAACUUCACCUUCUUCAGCCUCCCUGAACGGAAGAAUGGUGCCGUCGAUGUCCAGUCCGCCAAGGUCCUCGUCGCCGCUGCGCGGAUCGCUGCCGUCUCCAUGAGCAAGGCUGCUGCUGCUGCGCGCUUCGACGCUGAGCGCCGCGCCAGGGAGGCCGCCGUGGCCAGGAAGAGGGCGAAGGAGGCGCUGGAGCACCUCGCGGAGAUCCUCGCCCUGGAGCACGACGAAGAGCUGAACGGGGAUGUUUCCGCCGGCGGCCGGCGGCGCGGCGCGUAA